UCAAUUUUUUAAUUCAUAAAUUUGAACUUUAAAUUCAAAUAUUAUGUUCCAAAAUUUCUCGACCGUCCGAUGUGAAAAUCAUCCAACGGUGAGGGCGAGUAUUCAAAUACGCUGUUUCUAUAAGUGCCUGGCUUACAUUUGGCAACAAGAACCAACCCCUUUCGAUCGGGAAGCCGCUAUCUGCAUCAUAAUCGCCUUGCCGUGUUUGGAGUUGAAGAAUUAAGACCGCUAUGGGGAAGCAACCGGUCCGGAUGAAGGCUGUGAUCUACGCUUUGUCGCCGUUCCAGCAGAAGACCAUGUCAGGGUUAUGGAACGACUUGACCGGCAAGAUUCACCAUAAGAUCUCCGAGAACUGGAUCAGUGCCGCCCUUCUAAUUACCCCCGUCGUCGGCACCUACACGUACGCGCAGCAGUUCAAGGAGAAUGAAAAGUUAUCUCACAGGUACUGAAAGGGGGCCUGAUUCCUGCAUUUGGCAUCUACUUUGAACAACUUUUGAACUUCGGACUUUUUCGUUAUACAAAUGGAGCUCUGGUUUCUUAGGCUAUGAGGUUGUGCUUUUAUUUUCAGGAAAAUUUCCUCGCUUGUUUGUUGGAAUAAAUUACAACAUUUGUUAUCAUGUGAAUGAUGGCUGUUAUAAAAUGAUCAGCA